CGGCAUUUGGCCGCGCAGGCUCCCGUAGAGACGCUGCAAACAUGGCGGCGUCCAUGAGCUAACGUGAGAGUUCAGUGGAAACAGAGCUUUCAGUGACUGUAGUAGGCAGGAGAUGCAGUCAUAAGUGAGAUUUUUAUAAUAAAACAGCAGACUUUAAAGGAGGUGACAGUACGACUGCCGGUGACGUCACAGGUAAAUUAAUUUAAAACUUUCUAGAUUUAUGCUGGUGAGGACAGCACGACUGCUUCCCCUCAUCAUCUCCCAUCAUUUUCAUCCUUCCUGCAUCGUCUCUGUCUCACAGACUUUUCAGGGCAGCUUAAGCAGAGCGUCUGCUGCUGCUGCCCAAAGGGGACUGAGAUCCAUGGAGCCCCUUAAAACUCCUCAGGACCCUGAGCAUCCCACUCCUAAACCUACUACUCCUAUGCCUGCUGAAACUUCAGAUGAAGUUAUGAGCUCUGAAACUACCUCCACUGCAGCUGAGACAGAGAAGAAACCUCCUGAGGGGCUUUUACCCGGGGAGACGGUGGUCAAGGAGGGCAAAGCGUCCAUAUUGUUUCCCAGCGCUAAUGAGGUGUUUUACAAUCCGGUCCAGGAGUUUAACAGAGAUCUGACAUGCGCUGUGAUCACAGAGUUUGCUAGAGACAUGCUGGCUCAGCGCGGGGUGAAGGUAGUGGUGCCUGGAGAGAAAGAUAGAGUGGUGGUUUCUCUGUCAGAAGAGACAAACGAGGCCGACGUACAGGCAGAGCAGAAAAACGGAGCAGAUGGGCCAGCUGAAACUGCAACAGUGGGGGAGAAAUGUGAGCGUGGUCUUCGUGUGCUUGAGGGUCUGGCCGCAUCCGGUCUGCGCUCUGUGCGUUUUGCCCUAGAAGUCCCGGGCCUCCACAGCGUUACCGCCAACGACUUCUCCACCAAAGCUGCGGCCCUGAUCGCCAGGAACGCCGAACACAAUGGAGUCAGCCACCUGCUGCAGGCCAGCUGCAAAGACGCCAGUAUGCUGAUGUACGAGAUGCGAGGGAAGAAGGAGCGAUAUGAUGUGAUCGAUCUGGACCCCUACGGAAGCCCGUCUAGCUUCUUGGAUGCAGCGGUGCAGGCUGUCAGUGAGGGAGGUCUGUUGUGUAUAACAUGCACAGACAUGGCUGUCAUGGCAGGAAACAGUGGAGAGACCUGCUACAGCAAAUAUGGUUCAGUCUCUAUCAAAGCCAAAUACUGUCAUGAGAUGGCUCUCCGUAUCAUCCUGCACAGUCUGGACCAGAGAGCGGCCGUUUACCAGCGGUACAUCCAACCCCUGCUGUCUGUCAGCGUCGACUUCUACAUCAGAGUCUUUGUUCGAGUCUUCACAGGACAGGUCAAAGUGAAAAACUCAGCCAGUAAACAGGCCUUGGUGUACAACUGUGUCGGUUGUGGGACGUUUCACCUACAGAGGAUGGGCACAAGAAGAGUCAACGGAAAUCAUAUGAAGUAUUCUCCUGCCACUGGACCCCCCGUCGGACCCGACUGUGAGCACUGUGGGCAGAGACAUCAGCUCGGGGGUCCCAUGUGGGCUGAGCCCAUUCAUGACCUGGCGUUUGUCCAAAAAGUUUUGUCCGCGGUGACGGCGAACCCGUCCAGAUUUGGGACGUCCAAACGUAUCGAGGGCAUGCUCAGUAUGGUGACAGAGGAGUUGGAAGACGUUCCUCUUUAUUACACUGUGGACAAUCUGAGCAGCACAAUCCACUGCAGUACUCCACCACUGCUGCAGUUUAGGUCUGCUAUCCUUCAUGCAGGUCACAGGGUUUCCCUCUCUCACGCCUGUAAGAGUGCCCUAAAGACUGACGCUCCACCUGCAGCCCUCUGGGACAUCAUGAGAUGCUGGGAGAAGCUCAAACCUGUGAAGAGGGAGAAGCUGUCAGAGACCAGCCCCGCCUUUAAGAUUCUCUCCAAAGAGCCCAGCCUAGAGGCCUGUUUUGAUGUGAGAGAAGACGCCAACCCUCAGUCCCGUAAACGCCAUCUCACCCGUUUCCAGGAGAACCCGCAGGCCUUCUGGGGACCCAAAGCUCGUGCCAAAGCUGGCGGCGGCAUCGCCUCCGACCUGCAGGACAAGAGGAAGAAGUUCCAGAACAAGAGAAAGAAUCAGAUCACAGACUCCUCGCAGCUUAAAGAGUUUCCCUGCAAGAGGUUCAGACAGGGUACUUGUACCCAUGGAGAUAAAUGCUGCUACUCCCACGACCUGGAGACGACAAAGGAAGAGAAAAUGGAAUGAUUCGAUCUUCUUCUAUCUCUGCUUUAUUUCAAUGUAGGUUCAAUUAUGUUUUUUAAAAGGCUUUGUGACAUGAAAACACUGAACAGCCUUCAAAUUUAUAUUUUACUGGUACACAACUAAAGAGCUGUUUAUGUUUAAAGGUUGAUUUUAUCAGUUUAAUGCCUGAACUUUUGUUCUUUUUUUAUUUUACAUUUGGCUGCUGUUGCAGUCCAAUAAAGUCCACAUGCUGACUUUA